UGUAAUCAUCUGUAAUCUUUCUUAGUUUUCGCUCAUAAACAUUGUUACAAUCACUACAUUCCAGAGCAUUUGUCUAGAAUAAUUAUGUCUGAAGAAACCUCCGAUAGUGAAAGCCAAGACAUACAACAGCACAAUGAAACGGCUAAGGCUCUAUCCGCCGGAUUGCUACAGAUUUACGAACCUAAACUUAAGGAGGUGAAAGAAAACCUGAAGGAACUGAUAAACAAGCAAAAUGACCUACAGAUUGCAAUGACCAGCGAAAAAAAUGCCUUCACCAGUCAGCAAAUGCAAGAAGUGAAUGAAAUGGUGCUGAAAGCUAAAUCUUGCAAAGAUAGUGUAACAAGGCUUCGAACGCAGAUGCAUCAAAUUCAUCUACGAACGAAAAAUCUCAGGGCAAAAGCGUUGGAAAUGCAGGAACUAAAGGUGAACCAAUGUGCAACGAAACUGCAGCAGCUACACUACGAAGAAUCGUUGGUGGCCAAUAGCAAAAGAACCCCGCGCAAAACAUGAUCCUCUGCCCUCCGUCGCAAUAGUCGGGUGCAAAAGUAAGAGCGCAAAAUAAUUCGAAUGAAUCGUGACAAACAAAAAAAAACAAUGAAACGGGGAACCAAUAGUGAGAGCUGUAAGAAAGAACACGCAACUGUACGAUGUAGCAACUGCAUCUGAAGUGUAUACCGUGCCUGAAGGAACCGUGUGGCCCGUGGUCGGAGACCGUGUGUGCCCCCGCCACCAUGUUGCCAAACCCAAACCAGACAAGUCAAAUAUUUCAUCUUCCGUAAUAGGAUUUUAUUUCCUGUUGUGUGCUGUUCAGUAUAACGUAACGAAGACUUUAUCAAAUAAAUCAACACAAUCAA